CCGGCAAGGUUUCUCUUUGCCAAGAUGGCGGACGAUGGUGAGGCAGCAGUGAAGCAAUCGUCAGCAGGAGAAAACGACCACCAGCACUGCAGCGACUGUGAGAAUGAGGACGACCGCAACUACAAUCGAGGUGACUUAAGUCCAGCGGAUGACAGUGGGGGUAAGAAAAAGAAAAAGAAACAGAAACGGAAGAAGGAAAAAGGGGAUCAGCUUGAUUUGGCCCAGGAUCAGUCAGUAAAGGUGAAUUCAUUGCCAGCAGAAAGGAUGCAUGAGAUUCAAAAGGCCAUUGAACUCUUUUCAGUAGGACAAGGGCCUGCCAAGACAAUGGAGGAAGCCACCAAGCGCAGCUAUCAGUUCUGGGACACACAACCAGUCCCCAAGCUAGGAGAAGUAGUGAACACUCAUGGGCCUGUUGAACCAGACAAGGACAAUAUCCGCCAGGAGCCUUACACCUUGCCUCAGGGCUUUAUGUGGGAUGCCCUGGACUUGGGGGAUCGAGGUGUGCUUAAAGAGCUGUAUACUCUCUUGAACGAGAAUUAUGUGGAAGAUGAUGACAACAUGUUCCGGUUUGAUUAUUCACCUGAGUUCCUCCUGUGGGCCUUACGUCCUCCAGGGUGGCUGCCACAGUGGCACUGUGGUGUGAGAGUUAUCUCAAGCAAGAAGCUGGUUGGCUUCAUCAGUGCUAUUCCAGCUGCUAUCCACAUAUAUGAAGUGGAAAAGAAGAUGGUAGAGAUAAACUUCCUCUGCGUGCACAAGAAACUACGUUCUAAGCGAGUGGCCCCUGUCCUAAUCCGGGAGAUCACCCGAAGGGUCCACUUGGAGGGGAUUUUCCAGGCAGUAUACACUGCUGGUGUAGUGCUGCCAAAACCUGUUGGGACCUGCAGGUACUGGCAUCGGUCCCUGAAUCCACGCAAGCUGAUCGAAGUAAAGUUUUCCCACCUGAGCAGGAACAUGACUAUGCAACGCACCAUGAAGCUGUAUCGACUUCCAGAGACUCCAAAGACCUCAGGGCUGCGGCCAAUGGAGCACAAAGACAUCCCUGUUGUACACAAACUUCUGGCGGAGUAUCUGAGACAGUUCCACUUGACCCCCAUCAUGAAUCAGGAAGAAGUGGAGCACUGGUUUCUGCCCCAGCCCAAUAUCAUUGACACAUUUGUGGUUGAGAACACUGAUGGGGAGGUGACAGACUUCCUGAGUUUUUACACACUGCCCUCCACCAUUAUGAACCAUCCUACCCACAAGAGUCUGAAGGCAGCCUACUCCUUCUACAAUGUCCACACCAAGACACCACUUCUUGACCUCAUGAACGAUGCCCUCAUACUUGCCAAGUUGAAGGGCUUUGAUGUUUUCAAUGCACUGGAUCUCAUGGAGAAUAAGACCUUCCUGGAGAAACUGAAAUUUGGUAUUGGAGAUGGGAACUUGCAGUAUUAUCUCUACAAUUGGAAAUGCCCCAGCAUGGGGCCAGAGAAGGUUGGCCUGGUUCUCCAGUAACCAAUAAUCUCUGGAGAAGUGCAGACAGAACCGCUGAAGAAUUGAGCCAGUGUGGAACUGCUGGGUGUUACGGUUCAGAUUUCCAUGGAAGUGAGACCCUCCUGUGGAGGAACCAGCUGGCGCCCACUGCACUAACCAUGUGAACCAUCCACUGACACGCCUGAUGAUUGUAUCAUGUGCCACUGAGUCUGCCAAUGUGUCGGUGUCAGCACUUGGCCUCUUCUUCCCUCACCCCUUGUACAGACAUGAUCAAGGGAAUGUAACUGUUGAAAACUAGCUCACAAUUGGCAUAUAUUGGAGUUAACGGGUUAAUAAUAAUAAUAAUAAUAAUAAUAAUAAAUAUUCUAUAUUCUAUAUUUUAACAAUGUUUGCUGUUCGCCUGAACUGGAAACCGGGGCUAGAACAACUUUUGGGAGCUGCCUAGCUUUUUGUCUUAGAAAUACUGUUUUUAAAAACCCCAAUAAAAAUGCCCCAGAUUUAUUUAUUCACAGCAAGGUGGGUCAGUUGGUGGCAGGAGUGUGGUGUAUGAUAUUCUGUCACCCAGCCAUAUCUGGUGCUUUUUUGUGCCCCAAAAGACACAUUUGAGCUGUAGUGUCAUUCUCUGGGAUGUGGUUGGUCUAGGCUGGUGAGUUUUGAAGUCCAAUGUUCAGUCUUGUGCAUGGAUCAAAUGGCUGUUAUGUUCCAAUCUCCCUAUUCAAAUAAAUUCCUCUUAGAAAUCAAA